AUGGCCUCUCUGAGCUCCAGCCUCUGGAAUGAAACCACUACAUCUGUUUAUCAGUACCUUGGUUUUCAAGUUCAAAAAAUUUACCCUUUUCAUGAUAACUGGAACACUGCCUGCUUUGUCAUUCUGCUUUUAUUCAUAUUUACAGUGGUAUCUUUAGUGGUGUUGGCUUUUCUUUAUGAAGUGCUUGACUGUUGCUGCUGUGUAAAAAACAAGACUGUGAAAGAUUUGAAAAGCGAACCAAACCCUCUUAGAAGUAUGAUGGACAACAUCAGAAAACGUGAAAUUGAAGUCGUCUAG